UUUAAACCUGGAACUGUGCCAAGUCAACCACAAAAUUAACAAACUAGAGUCAGCCAAUAAGAACAUUAAGAACAAAUUACAUCAUUUGCCAGAAGACAUGUUAAGGCAAUAUCAACACCGACUGAGAAUAUCGUUUAAUAGGAAGUUUCACACUAUCAAGGAACUGAAUAUAAGAAAAAUAAACAACCUAAAAGCAAACAGUAUUCCAACUAUAAAGACACAACAUAAAUGGAUCAAAAAUCUAACCAAUAAAGAAAUACCGGACACAGUAAAGAAUCUUCUCUCCCUAGGAUCUAAGUUCAGUAUUCCCGCCACCAAAAAAGAUGUAAAUAUUGACCACAUAAUAGCCGAUACAGAAUACAUACUAGAGGCCAUACCAAAUGAAAGAAAGGAUAUAAAAAGAGCAAAAGUUACCAACACGUUAACAAACUACAUUCAUAGACCCACAAAUAACACUUCUCUCACCCAAUAUUGGUAUAAUGACACAAAAAAGUUUUUAAAGGAAAACAGCGAAUUAAUUGUACUAAAUAGUGACAAGGGUUCAGUUACAGUCAUAAUGGAAGAUAGAGUUUAUGAUCAGAAAAUUAGAAAUAUCUUACAUUCCACAGAUUUUAAAAAGCUACCGAGAGACCCUACACUUACGAUACAGACAAAAUGCAACAAAUACAUAGAGAAACUCAAAAAUUCGAACUAUAUAACGAAAGAAAAAGCAAAAGAAAUGAAAACAUACAAUUCAGUUGCUCCAAGAAUUUACGGAAAUCCGAAAGUGCAUAAAAAUGAUUUUCCCAUAAGACCGAUUAUAUCGAGUAUUAACAGCCCACUAAAUACAUUAUCAAAAUUCAUUGCAGAUAUAUUGAAGAUUAAUAUGGAGCUCUUCCUGGAAAUUGUAUCGUUUUUGUUGGAAAACAACUAUUGUACUUAUAAGGGAGAAUUUUUCAAGCAGAUAUUCGGAUGCGCGAUGGGUUCUAAACUUAGCCCAAUUUUAGCACAGUAUGUUAUGGAUCACCUAAUUGAAUCAUGUGUGAAAAAAAUACCAUUCAAAAUAUUAUUACUGAAGAAAUUUGUGGACGACUUAUUCAUGGCUAUACCGAAAAAUGAAAUAGCGAAUAUAUUAAAAUAUUUCAACUCUCACUCGAAAAAUUUGCAAUUUACCAUAGAGAAAGAGGAUAGUGAACAAUGUGUACCCUUCUUAGAUACAAGGGUACACAGAGAUGAUACGACUAUUAAGUUGAAAUGGUACAGAAAAGAAACUCAUUCUAACAAAAUGCUACAUUAUUAUUCAAACCACAACAUAAAUACAAAAAUAAAUGUAAUAAAACAGAUGAAAACUAGAGUCGAGAGAAUUUGUCAUGAAUCAUACAUCAGAGAAGGAAUAAACAAUCUUAUGGAAAUUUUCAAACAGAAUGGUUAUCCAAGAGGUUUAUUAACAAAAUUGUUGUUUUCAAGUAACAUAACAGACCAACAACAGACAAGAAAUACUGAAACAACAGAGGAAAUCCAUUAUGCAUCAUAUCCAAAUAUAAAUGGUUUAACUGGAAAACUGAAAAGAAUAUUUCAAGGUGAAAACGUCAAAAUUGCAGUACACAAUCAGAAGACCGUGAAAAACUUAUAUUCAAGACUGAAGGACCCGAUCGAAACGGCCGUCAAAAGCAAUGUGGUUUAUGAGGUGAAGUGUGAAAAUUGUGAACAAACUUAUAUAGGACAGACAUCACAGUGGAUUAAAAGGAGAAUGGCAUUACACAAAUCGGAUAUCACUAAACAUCCAGAACGAUGCGCACUAGCAUCCCACGCAUUUAAUCUUGACCAUAGGGUAAAUUUUGAAGACGUGAAAGUACUGAAAACAGAAACAAAUUAUCGAAAAAGAUUGGUUUUAGAAAUGAUUGAAAUUAAUAAAAAAGAGAAUACAAUUAAUAAGAAAACGGAUACAAAUAAGUUAAGUUCCAUUUAUCGUUAUUUGUUGGAAAAAUCGAAAGAAAGGGAAAACGAAAUAUUCUUCGAUGGUCCAGUCGACGAAUAACACCAUAGAAUGGCAGACUGUCAAACUAACAAAUUGAACGGAUUUUGGAAUUUUAUACCUUGACAGAUAUCAACAAUCGGAUUAGUUUUUAAAUUUUUCUAACAUUGUGUUUCAUAAGUGUUUUUAUAAAUAGUAUUCAAAAAAUUGUAACUCAAUGAUGAUUACUGAAAAUGUUUAUAGCUAGGCAGAUUUCUUUAACAUAACCUCAAAUUCAAGGCCCCGAAGAAGAAUUAAAUUGAAUUCGAAAGCUUGGCGAAGAAUGAAGAGUUUCACUUAAGAUCCCUCCCAAAAAAACGAGUCGUUUUACCCUUAAAAUUCUACAAAUAUAUAUAUAUAUAUAUAU